AUGGCCGUGCAGUCAAAGCCAGCCCCAAUUGGGCCCUGGGGUAAAGCGACGGCCGGCGCAGCGGGCGCAGUCUUCGCCAAUGCGCUCGUGUACCCUCUGGAUCUCGUCAAGACGAAGCUUCAGGUUCAAGUAAAGCCGGGCGAUUCCGACAAGACGGAUGCCCCCUCCGACUACACACACUACAAGUCCACAUGGGACGCCAUCAGCAAGAUUGCGUCCGCCGAGGGUAUCGCAGGCCUCUAUGCUGGUAUGAGUGGCUCCCUCAUUGGAGUUGCCUCGACAAAUUUUGCCUACUUCUACUGGUACUCGGUUGUCCGCACUCUCCACCUCAAGUACGCCAAGUCCGCCGCCCCGCCAUCCACAGUCGCGGAGCUUUCUCUCGGUGCGGUCGCUGGCGCGCUCGCCCAGCUCUUCACGAUUCCGGUGGCCGUCAUCACCACCCGGCAGCAAACUCAGAGCAAGGAGGACCGGAAGGGCAUCAUCGACACCGCCCGGGAGGUUAUCGAUGGCGAGGACGGCAUCACUGGGCUGUGGAGAGGACUUAAGGCGAGUUUGGUCCUGGUUAUCAACCCAUCAAUCACCUAUGGCGCUUAUGAGCGGCUGAAGGACGUUCUGUUUCCUGGGAAGAAGAGCCUCUCCCCCUGGGAGGCAUUCGCGCUCGGCGCUAUAUCCAAGGCGCUGGCCACCAUCGUCACACAGCCUUUGAUCGUUGCGAAGGUAGGCCUGCAAUCCAAGCCACCUCCGGCGCGGCAAGGGAAGCCGUUCAAGAGCUUCGUCGAGGUCAUGCAAUUCAUCAUUCAGAAUGAAGGUCCCCUGAGCUUGUUCAAAGGGAUUGGGCCACAAAUCCUAAAGGGCCUGCUGGUCCAGGGCAUUCUGAUGAUGACCAAGGAGCGCGUCGAGCUCCUCUUCGUACUCUUCGUCCGCUAUAUCCAGGUUAUGAGGUCACGCCAACUCAGGAGGACGGCGGACCUAGCGGCUGCAGCCAAGCUGACCGCUCCGUUGACUGUUCGAUAA